AUGUCUGCAGGACCGGGUUUAUCCAGGCAGAGGUCGAUCUCGGGCAAAGCAAAGGGAGUGAUACUUCCACCUGUCCCCAGGACGAGGUUGCCGGGGGACGACGCCGCCGCCUUCGAACCAUGCGCAUCGACCGCCGCCCUUCUCCUCUUCGCCUACGGUUCGACAGUCAUAUGUGUGCACCAUGAUACAUUAGCUGUUGAACGUCGGUUCGAAAAGCACUCGAAGGAUAUUCAGUUGAUAUCUGCCGACAAUAUCAGCGAGACGGGAGCGGGAAGGCUGGUAAUCACCUACGAUGUGGGACGGACGGCCAUCGUUUGGGAUCUGUUCACUGGCGAGCAGCUCUCCCGCUUUGUCUCAUAUGAAUCUUUGACAGUGGCGCAUUGGAUGAGAAACGGGAAUGUCGCCUUUGGCAAUGCAAAGGGCGAGGUGAUAUUGUUCGAGCCUGCAACGACUGAACAUAUCUCGGCGCGGACGAUCUUCGAUCCCAUCACCGCGAUAGCGCCGUCUUCAGAUUGCAAAACCUAUGCCAUCGGGUGGGUAACUUUCCAGUCUUGGAACGCAAUUAUGCUCAUUUUCGGCAGAUAUAAGAACGGCUCCAUAUUGUUGGCAGCACUACAACCCUCAUUCACAAUUCUCCACACUCUGACAACAUCCCGCGCGCCCUCACCAAUCGCUUCCCUGACAUGGCACGCUUCGUCCUCGAAACAGAAGUCCGACAUGCUUGCCACCCAAACUGCUGAUGGAGACCUGAGAGUCUGGAGCGUAUCCAAGCCACCCACGUCCGAAGCCCCUCGGGUUAUUCGCGUCUUAAAGCGUACUGACACCUAUCUUCCGGGUCGAAAUUGGAUUUCGUGGUCAAAAAAUGGCCGGAUUGUUCAAUUUAGCGAAGGCAAGACGUGGGCUUGGGACGUUCGGACCAAGCAUGUCACCUACGAACCUAUCCCAACGGUGGACGGAGUCAGAGCCAUUGCUUGUUACGGGCCCACGGGCACCCUGUUCACGUUGGGACCAGACUAUACGGUGCAACAAUACGAUGUCGAGCGGGCGGUUUUGGUUGCCAAUGUGCGACAUUUGCCACUCACUGUCCCGCCAACCCCACCAGAGGAUACAAGAGGGCCGAUUUGGACGACAUCUGAAAGCGAAGAGGAGCUGGCAUCCCCACUUGUCCGCGCUCGACGGGAACUACGUGCUUCCGAGGCAGCGAAGCAUGAACGCAACAAUAUUCCCAGCCCUCAAUCAGCCCUUAGUUCGCAAAAGGGCGCCCUGAAGAACGGAGCCAACGACAUCAUCUCUCCUGCUGGGAAAACUGACUAUACCACUACAUCGUUUGAUACUGGCAUUCAGUCGCAGUCAACAAUCAAUCAACAACCUAUGCCGGCCUUUAAUCAACCCUACCAGCCCCAGUCCCCUGUAACCGCGAGGACAGCCAGGAAAGGUUCUCGGCUGAGGCAAGAAGUAAUUAUGAGCCCUGAAGAUACACCGGUCGCAGAACUAUUUCCUUAUACCAGGGCUCGGUUGCACGAUGUGCCGUACCGACCUCCUAGAUCGCUCGAUGAAUGCCACAUGACUCCCGACGAUUUGCGGAGGCAAAUGCUAAGUGUGGUUUUUGGUUGGGAAGAAGAUAUCCAAGACCUCAUUCGCGACGAGUUGAGCCGCCAUCCCAGCGAUAGCCAGACCGCCAUUUUCCUGGCCAAGUGGCUAGACGAAGAUCCUGACUAUCUGGCCGAGAUCAUGGGUUCUACAGGAACAGUUACCAGCCUCGACUGGAUGCUGCUGACCUUGGGUACGAUCAGCAACCAGGUGGGGGCGAAGAAAAUCACCCAAGUCUUUAUUGAGAAGUUGCUGUCCAAGGGUGAUUCCCACGCCGCAGCUACCCUCCUGCUUGCGCUUGGCGACAGGAGCGAUGCGAUCGAAGUCUAUGUGUCAAGGAAUCAAUACAUGGAGGCAGUCCUGCUGACGUGUCUUGUCGCACCAGAUGACUGGCAGAGGCAAUCAUAUCUGGUGCGCCGAUGGGGUGAACACGUCGUCGAGAACUCGCAGCAAUCGCUAGCCAUCCGAUGCUUCUCGUGCACAGGGGUCGAACCCUCCGAUCCCUGGACGUCACCCAAUGCUCAAAUGGCCACGAGAACCAUCGUAGAGCCUGUCAUGAGCCCGCAAACGACCCAUCUGCAGCAGCUGGAGCCGAUGGAGUAUCCUGCGAUCUUCCAGAAGACUUUGGAGAGACGACGGACACUCGAUGCACCAACACCGGUGGCCAUGCCUCCGCCGCAUAUCUUGACGGCCAUCCAUCAACCACCCACGCCAUUCAGGACUGCUGCUGCUCAAGGAACGAGGAUCACGCCUCAAACUUCGGCCCUGAAACUCAUCACAUCCUUCGGGCCCCAACCGACCAACAACUUUAAAUUCCCUGGACUCAAGCAUGAAGACCGCACACCUACCGUCGCUGCCGCCGUAACGCCUAUCGCGGAAUCCGCCAUUGAUAGAUCUGCUCUUUCACCGGGUGGUCUAGGCUCUUACCGACUAAAUAACAUUCGCAGCAUCAACAGCGCUCUGUCGGCCAAGACCGCGACGCCCGGCGGUUUCCAGCCAAGUCGGUUGACUGUCAUUGGGGAAACGCCUGUCGACGUUGAGGCACCACAAUUUUCGACUGGUUUGCCGCAGAGGUCUGUGUCCGUACCCGCCGAACUGACAUCUUCCAAGACGGCCGAUCACGAGGAACAAGCCCCUGUAGCCAGCGACCAACAGCAAGGGAAGCAAGCGUUGACAUUGUUGACAUCCGCACGAUAUGAGCCCUUGGCCACCCCAGUGAGGGAAACACCCCAGACGGCUGUUGGACCACAGACCGUCAUCAAAUUUCCCGGGCCUGAUGCCCAAUUCAAAACCGAGGUAGGUCAUGAUGAACGGCACUUGGAUACUCCGCGGACAAGAACCGGGUCAAAGAGUCGAAAGCCUGACGGGCUUUCCAUCCAAACUCUUCAUGUCUCGAAUCAAGAAUAUCUGCCUUCUGCCAGCUAUGGCGACCAAAUCAGCAGACCUGCCACCACGGGUUCAUAUUCAAACACACACCUCGAUAUCUCCGGCAACCUAACAAGCCCGCCCACUACUGACCUCAGCUAUCGGAGCACCAAGAGCCCCAUCGUUACCGGCCGAAGCAUCGAUCAGUAUAUCAGCAGUCUUGAACAAGCUCAAUAUUAUACAAAGCAUUCUCGAGCUCGCGGUUACAGCAGCACCAGCAAGCAGUCCAGGGAUGAGCAAUCGGACCGAAAAAAGACCAGAGGUAAUAAUAUGGACGACAGCAGCGAGAGAGACACCCGACGAACUAUCCCUGCAGCUAAACGUUCGCCCUCUUCUCCAGUCCCGAUGUCACCUGAGGAUCUUCGCAUGUACAGUACCAGUGUUGAAAGCUUCGACUCGAUGUACAGUUCCAACUUUUCCGGCAUCGAUCGGUCCGAAACUCCUGGCAGCAUGUCCAAACUCAGUCGUCGCGGCUCUCAGUCGACUGCAAAAGGUGGGAAAUCUCGUAAGAGAUCGCACUCUCGACACGCCGCCGCGAAGAGCAAGACAGGCAGCCGCGGCGCCAGUCGGCAGCCAAGCCCAGACCCUGCCAUCUUCUCCCCCAGAGGUCGAAGCUCCUCUCGCAAAGAGAACAUGGGGCACCGUUCUCCAUCGUCACCACGACCAAUGAUCCCUUCCGAGGAAGACCGACAAAGCCGCUUCGACCAGGAUUCGGCGCUGAGGCUAGUUUCCAAAGACCGACAUCGCCUGCACCGAAGUACCAGUCGUCAGCCACAUCGUGAUACAAGUGCAAAGAGAGAUAGAUCACCCGAUCGACGAAGAGUGCGGGCCAGAUCUCGAAGUCGUCAAGCUGACGAGGCCACUACACUGAGUCGAAAAGCAAGUCGUAGUGAGCAUCACCAUCGACGUCGCCGCCCAAGUGACGCAGUCUAUGACCGCAGCGCCCACCCUGAUGACCCUGAAGACAUCAGCACAGCACUCGCAGCGCAGGACGUAGUGCCCAGAUCUGCCAGUCAGCCUCAAUUCGCGGUGGAGGAAGGAGAACAGCCAGCAGCCCGCAGGCAGCCUCUGACCCGUCGUCCUUCUGCACCCAGCGUCCCUCUUGCAAGCGAGCUCGCUGCACACAACAAAUCGGCUUCGACGAGCAUUUUAUCACCCCCUAUUACGAGGUCUCACACUUAUGAUGGGGCGGUCCCUGCGUCUCCGUUCCAAGAGAGUGGCGUAGGGAGAGAACUAUCCGGUCUUGGGCUUGUCAAAGAAAGGCCCGGAACGCCCAGGGCGAUGCACGUCGAUCCCCCCAUCCCUGAAGGUCAAGAAGCCCAAGUAGUUCCCAGCACGGUGGGUACAGAGCUCUUGACCAGCGACGUCUAUCGACCGCCCACGCGCGAAGACCUCAGCAGGCCAGGUUCCGCCCGGGCACCCACUUCGCUAGAAUUCCUGUCACAGAUCCCUAAGCAUCCGGCGUACGACCGACGCAUCGCGGGCAGUAGAUCAAGCAGCAAGGGACCCGAAGCUCGCGCAAGCUCGCGAAGUCGAGGCACAUCUCGCGAUCGCACUGCGCGUGUAUCUCCACGCGAAGUGCCUACGGCUAUGAUGCCCAGUCCCCCCAUAGGCGUGACUGAAACAGCGACCGCUGCAGUCUAUGCGUCCUCGCCGCCACAACAACCGCCUAUUCUUCCAGAGCUACAACACCUCGCUGAACCCCCUCCGCCCCCGCCACCUCCGCUCCUGCCGAAAAUAUCUACCUACACCGGAGGCAGUCCGAAUCUCGCCAAUUUACGUGGCUUUGAACAGACGGAUGCCGCAGCUGUGCCUCUGCCUAUGUCUGCCUUCCCUCCUCACACUACAUUCCAAGAUGUGACGGGGAAUUCUGGCAACACGUUGCCUCUGUCAGCCGGGCCAUUAUCUUCAAGCACCGGCCACCGGCGAGGACGUUCUGGGAAUGACAAUCAAAGCGGAAGCUCAGGGGGCCAGCUGUUGAACAAAUUGAGAAGCUUUACAGGUAGAGCGAGAUCUCCGAGUCGAGGCCGGAGAGGCGGUGACGACAAUCAAGCCAUGAGUCCCAGAAUGGUUGGCGAAAAUGUGCAGCCGGCACCAUACGAGAGCAUCCCGAGUGCUAUGAUGGGAAGUGUUGGAUCUUGA